AUGUCCCGAGACCCUCAUAGCUCCGGUGCCUCUGUCGAGGGCCAGGAUCGCGGAGCGAUGAACUUCAUCAAGAAGGCGACCAGAAGAUUUGAGGGGCCCUCGUCUUCGGUGGGUCUGGAUGCCAAUGCGGACGCGACUGAGGCGGGCAUCUAUGCCAUUGAGCGGAUGCUCACUUUCAACCCGACCAAGCGAGCGACGAUCCCAGAGUGCCUCGUUCUACCGUAUUAUGAAACGCUUCACAUGCCCGACGACGAGCCCGUGGCCGAAAAUCCGGUCGACUGGGCUUUCGACAAGUUCACUCCUACAAAGAGGUUGCUGCAAAAUUACAUUUACGCCGAGUGCUUCAAGUUUCACCCGGAGAUCCAGCAGCGGGACGCGAAGUUGCUGGACGCACGGGGCAUCACGGAGCUGCUGAAGUAG